UACCUGAUACGUAAUUGAUUGAUUUAUAUGUGGGCGUGUGUGUGUUAAAAUCAAUGAUGUUUGAGUGGUGAAGGUGUGGUGGAGUAGUAGGCAGCAACAGUCAGAGCGCUGGUGUCAACUAUGACAGUACCGGUAGGAGCGAUUUUACAAAUGUGAGACGAAGUUAAUCUGGAAAUGUUCUGAAGGCGGUACCCUUCGAUUAUUGGGAGGUCUAAUCCCAAUACUGAGGUACUUGCCAAAAAUACUGUAGAGAACAACAAUCUGGGUGUGAUUCAGCAUCUGAAGACUGCAAGACCGUGAUGAAGAGAGGGGGUGAAAGAAAGUGUCAUAACUUGAAACGGAGUUGGAGAUAUGCCCGAGACAUCAGGAGCAAAAAUGUGAUGAUAUGACCAUGUGAAAAGAUGGAGGGGAGAGUUCCUCUGUAAAUGCUGCAAUUUACACACACAUUACAGAGUUGUCAACAGCCUGCUGAACCUGAACAGAGACAAGAACAAGAUCAUGUAAUUGACAUGAAUUGUAGUUGCCCAUAUCCUCUAGAUUUUUGGUUUCAAAUCUCAAGUUACAUUGAUCCAGAAGAUGUGGAAAGAUUUGCAAGAAUCUGCAAACACUGUGCCAGUAUUGUGAGAUCCGCAUCAUUUUGGUUGUCAUUAUACAAGAGGUUUUAUAGGUCAGAUAUUCCCUUGCCACCAUAUCUGCAGCCUGCAGCAAUGACUCGGCGACAUGGAUUGAGAACCAGAGUGAUCCGUGCAUUGUAUUUUUUGUAUAUGCCCAUGACUCGAAGGCUUCAGGAUCCUACUCUCUCUGAGUCGAGGCUUCUAGACAAAAUGUGUGUACAGCAGUGCCACAAGUAUCAUUUUGCAAUUGGGUGUUCUACAUUCAUUUUCAAGUUUCAAGAUGUGAAGCAUAUACCUGUACGAGGACAAGAACCUGUCGAAAAGGAAGAUGAUAUUUAUGCAAAUAGUGAUGAGGGAGCCAUAACAUUAAAGUUGACCUGUUCACAGAUUACAACUCCACCCCUAGUGCUCAUUGGACUGGUACUGCGAAGUAUCACAUUUCCUACUCCUGCAGAUCCAGGUGCCCAUGUGCAAAUUAGUGUGGGUGAUAAUUAUGUUGCGUCACCACCCAAGAUCAGCAUUGUCCUUAACAAAGUGAUUGCUGUACAAAUGACAGACUGGUGGCACCCAUGUUUCUCUCACACACACCCAUUCCAGUCAAUCUUGCAUCCAUGCUAUGCAGACCCAGAUGAAUUACUGGGUUAAACACAAGUUUGUUUGAAUACAAUGUGUAUGCAUGGGUGUGACAACCCCCUUCAGUGUGUGAAAAACAUGGAAGAAAUUGGUCUGAAUUCAUUUGUACAUGCCACAAUUUGGGCAAAAAAAAUGUUCACUCUGAAGGUACAUAAAUUCUGCGCAUUUCUGUUACUCAGACAAAUUAGCAUGGGUGAUAAUUAUAUUGCAUCAUCACAUCCAUUUCAGUCAAUGUUGCAUCCACGUUGUGCACGUGAAUUAUUGGGUUAAUUGCAAGUUUAUUUGAAUACAAUAUGUAUGCAAAGAUAUGACACCUGGCUCCCACUCAAUGUGUAGAUAAAGUAAUGAAUAAUGAGUGUGUGAAAGGCUUGGAACAAAAUGAUCUGAAUUCAUUUGCACGUGCAACAAUUUGGGCACAAAAAGUGUUCAUUCUGCAGGUACAUAAAUUAUGCACAUAUUUGUUAUACAGUCAAAUUAGCGUGGGUGGUAAUUAUAUUGCAUCACCAUUGAAGAUCAGUAUAUCCUUAACAGCGUGAUUACUGUACAAAUGACAACUUGUCAUCCAUAUUUUUCACAUACAUGUCCAUUUCAGUCAAUGUUGCAUCCAUGUUGUGCAGAUCCAGAUGAAUUAUUGAGUUAAUCACAAGCCUCACACUCAGUGUGUAAAUAAAGUAAUGAAUAAUGAUUAUGUGAAAGGCUUGGAACAAAAUGAUCUGAAUUCAUUUGCACUUUCUACAAUUGGUCACAAAAAAUGUUCAUCUUGCAGGUACUUAAAGUAUGCACAUAUGUGUUACUCAGUCAAAGUAGUGUGGGUGAUAAUUAUAUUGCAUCACCACUCAAGAUCAGUAUAGCCCUUAACGGAGUGAUACUGUACAAAUGACAGACUGGUCAUCCAUAUUUUUCACAUACACCUCAAUUUCAGUCAAUGUUGCACCCAUGUUGUACAGACCCAGAUGAAUUAUUGGGUUAAUCACAAGCGUCACACUCAGUGUGUAGAGAAAGUAAUGAAUAAUGAUUAUGUGAAAGGCUUGGAACAAAAUGAUCUGAAUUAAUUUGUACAUGCCACAGUUUAGGCACAAAAAAUGUUCAUUCUGCAAGUACAUAAAUUAUGCACAUAUGUGUUACUUAGUCAAGCCAUCCCCCUCCCCUUCCCCCACCCACUCAGUGUGUAGAUUAAGUAGUGAAUAAUGUGCAUGUGAAAGGCUUGGAAUAAAAUGAUCUGGAUUCAUUUGUACAUAACACAAUUUGGGCACCAAAAAUGUUCAUUCUGCAGGUACAUAAAUUCUGCACAUAUGUGUUACUCAGUCAAAUUAGUGUGGGUGAAAAGUAUAUUGCAUCACCAUCCAGGAUCAGUAUAGUCCUUAACAAAGUGAUUACUGUACAAAUGACAGACUUGUCAUCCAUGUUUUUCACAUACACAUCCAUUUGAGUCAAUGUUGAACCCAUGCUGUGCAGACCCAGAUGAAUUAUUGGGUUAAUCACACGUUUAUGUGAAUAAAAUAUGUGUGCAAAGGUGUGACACCUGGCUUCCCACUCAGUGUGUAGAUAAAAUAGUGAAUAAUAAGUGUAUGUAAGGCAUGGAACAAACUGAUCUGAAUUCAUUUGUACAUGCCACAGUUUAGGCACAAAACAAUGUUCAUUCUGCAGUUACAUCAGUUCUGUGCAUAAGUGUUAUUCAUUCGAGGCAGCUCCUCCUCUUCUCCCCACCUACUCAGUGUGUAGAUUAAGUAGUGAAUAAUGUGCAUGUGAAAGGCUUGGAAUAAAAUGAUCUGGAUUCAUUUGUACAUGCCACAAUUUGGGCCCAAAAAAAUGUUCAUUCUGCAAGUAUGCAAGUUCUGCGCAUAUAUGUUACUCGGUCAAAUUAGCGUGGGUGAUAAUUAUAUUGCAUCACCACCCAGGAUCAGUAUAGUCCUUAACAAAGUGAUUACUGUACAAAUGACAGACUUGUCAUCCAUGUUUUUCACAUACAUAUCGAUUUCAGUCAAUGUUUCACCCAUGUUGUGCAAACCCAUAUGAAUUUUUGUGUUGAUUAAAAGUUUAUGUGAAUAAAAUAUGUAUGAAAGGUGCGACACCUGGCUCCCCACUCAUUGUGUAGAUCAAAUAGUGAAUAAUAAGUGUGUGUAAGGCAUGGAACAAACUGAUCUGAAUUCAUUUGUACAUGCCACAAUUUAGGCACAAAAAAUUGUUCGAUCUGCAGUUACAUAAGUUCUGUGCAUAAGUGUUAUUCAUUCAGCCCCCCCCCCCCUCCUCCAUUCCCCCCACCCACUCAAUGUAUAGAUAAAGCAGUGUAUAAUGUGCAUGUGAAAGGCUUGGAACAAAAUGAUCUGGAUUCAUUUGUACAUGCACAAAAAAUGUUCAUUCUGCAAGUACGCAAGUUCUGCACAUAUAUGUUACUCAGUCAAAUUAGCGUGGGUGAUAAUUAUAUUGCAUCACCACCCAGGAUCAUUAUAUUCCUUAACAAAAUGAUUAGUGUACAAAUGACAGACUUGUCAUCCAUGUUUUUCACAUACAUAUCGAUUUCAAUCAAUGUUGCACCCAUGUUGUGCAAACCCAUAUGAACUUUUGUGUUAAUCACAAGUUUACUUGAAUGCAAAUGCAAUGUAUAUGCAAAGAUGUGAUAACUCUAAACUCUCCCCCCCCCUCCUCCUGCCACUCAGUGUGUAGAUAAAGUAGUGAAUAAAGAAUGUGUGAAAGGCUUGGAACAAAAUGAUCUGAAUUCAUUGAUAUGUGCCACAAUUUGGGCACAAAAAAUGUUUAUCCUACAGCUACAUAAAUUAUGUAUAUAUGUGUUGAAUCUACAAUCAUCAGAUGUAAAUUAUAUUGGUAUUUGCAUCCUUUGAGUACUAAGUCUGUAAAUUUUGAUUGUUAAGGUAUUGGAGAAAAUUAAAGUAGUAGCUAGAGGUAGCAGCAGCGAUUGUGUUAAAUUCCAUGUAUGAUUGUUUCAGGUAGUAAAUGAAUAUAUAUCUGUAACAAUUUGAUUCUUUAAGACUUAAUUAUCCAAAUGUUAAGUGUUGUAUAACCAUAUGUAUUACAUAUUUAUUUGCAACAGGAUGUUACAAAAUCAUGUAAUAAUUAAUAAAUUUGAUGUGUAAAUGUUGAUGGUUGUCAGAAAAUAAAGUUGUAAUCCUUAUGAUCA